AUGUUGUGGCUACCGUGUUUGGUUGUCCUCAUAGCGACGGCCCAUGCUCAAGCCAAUUGCCCCUGGUCGCGGGACCUCACCGACUUGGACACGGAUUGCGUUUGUUCCUACAACACCCACCAGAAACUAUCCAUACAAUGCUCCCCGGUGAACUUCACGCGGCUUCUGAAGGCGCUAAACUCCGCUCAAAACGUCCCCAUCGACUUGUUGUUCAUAGACAACACGACCGUGUCUCAACUCCCGGAUGGGAUCUUCAGCCGACUCAACAUCCAAUCUCUUCAAUUCUCACGAGCGAAGGUCAGGAAUAUUUCGGACAAGGCAUUCAUCGGUCUUGAACGAAGCCUAACAACCUUGAAUUUGGCCAACAACGAACUCACCGAGAUCCCGAUCAGAGCCAUCCAGAGAUUGACAUCCCUCAAGAAUCUCGAUUUGUCCACGAACAAAAUAGCUGAGGUUCCUGCUGAUGCUUUUGUGAAUCUUCCACUGAGCACCCUGAGACUAGCUGACAACCAGGUCAGCAUCGCUCCGGACGCUUUCAAUGGACUGGAAGGCACUCUCAAGAACCUCAAUCUGAAGAACACCGGACAAGAUGUGAUUCCUAAGGCUGUCACACGUCUCUUGACGCUGACUUUCCUGGAUCUCGCUCAGAACAAAAUCGGUCAAAUCGAACCUGGUCAGCUCGCCACCAUGAACACGUUGACGGCAUUGAAUCUCGAGCGUAACCGCAUUUUGAGAAUCGAUGCCGACUCAUUCCGUGGAAUAAACGACACGUUGUCUUCGCUCUCUCUCCUGAACAAUCUCCUGGUGGAGUUCCCUGCGGAGGCCAUGCGGACGCUCACGGAACUUCGGGUUUUGGAUCUUGGUUUCAACGGAAUCCGUUACAUUCCCGAAAAGGCUUUCUCGACGAAUCCGUUGCUGACGCUUCUUGCUCUGGACGGCAACCCAAUGUCAUCGAUCCCGAUCGAACCAUUCCAGCAUCUGAAGUCCACUCUGCGAGGCUUGAGUAUAGGCGGACCGUACCUCGAAUGCGAUUGUCGGAUUCGCUGGAUCGCCGAAUGGAUUCGCUCCACCGACCUGCAGGUCACGAGCAGGGAAAGGACUCCCCAGUACUGCGGGAAACCGGAGCACCUGAAGAGGAAACAGUUCGGUCAGAUCGAGCUCUCUGAUUUCGUAUGCGACGGUCCCGUGUCGACAACCACCGUUGUAUCGCCACAAUCGACGUCUGCGACAUCGACCUCUACGACGACGACUACAACCACCACGACGCAAGCCCCGGCGGCUCAGUUCGAAGGCAAUGACUUGUCCUCAAGCUCCACGGUCCAAUCUAUCGACACGACGGAGCAGCUACCGCAACGAGGAACGAAGUUUGCACCGAGAACGCGACCGGCUUCGAACAGCCGGGGAGUAAAAACUAACAUUUCCCAACCUCCACCGGCGACAUCGAAGCAAAUCGCAAAGCCAAUUGUGAAGAAUCUCAUGGCUCUCCGAAAAGACUCGUCAAUCAAACUCGAAUGGAGUGUCGAUCCUUCGAACUCUCAAGGCUUCCAAAUUCUCUACAGAAUAUUCGGAGAUCGGUUGUACCGCAAGGGACCCGCUCUGGGACCCGAUCAACGCGGGUACCUUCUGCAAAACUUGCCGUCGGGCGAUUGCAUCGUCGUCUGCGUUAUCACGAUCCAAGAAGCAAACGAUCUGACUGUGGACAAUGUUCCGAUGAAUCAAUGCCGGGAGCUCAAGAGCGAACGCUACGGCAUCGCGAGCCUAGACAAAGUGAUCAUCAUCGCAUCGGCGAUCCUCUCGGCAGUUAUCAUAAUCGGAGUCUGCGCUAUCCUAUGCUGCAUGCGACGAAAACACAAAAAGCAAGACAGCCUCAUGAAACAGCGCAUCUCCACCGGAGUCGUACCCGUUCUCAAGCCGGACAUGAACGAGUGGGAAACGAUGAGCGUGUAUUCAUCGAGGAGUAUUCCGCGAGCGCGAAUGUAUCAUCUCGACGGUCAGACGAACUCGAGCUAUAUCGACGAUGCUCGCUCCCACGUAUCGCACUCGUAUAUCCCGAACGGCUACGGCACCAAACCGCGAGGUCCCACGGCUGAACGUGCGUUCUCGCAGAUGUCGCAGCACAACAGUCGUCUUUACAAAUCGAAUGGUAACCUGUCAACGAUGGCGAACGACUUACGGAAAUCGCAGCAAUCACUUUCCGCCGUGUCCGCGGCCUAUGUCAAUUCACCGAAGAAACACAAGCGGAGCAACUCCCAUGGUCGACUCACCAGCGCGAGCAGUACUCAUUCGCUCACCGAGUACGACUCAGACUGGAACGGUCGAUCGGAAAACAACUGGAAGGACAAUGAGGUAGAUAUUUACGUGGGUCACAAUCACAGGUACCGUUAG